GCCACGCCCCGGCCGCCACGCUCAGUCCCCAUUGGCCGCUCGGCGCAGAGGCCCGCCCCCGCUUGCGCCUCUGGCCCUGGCGAGGGGAGAGGCUCCCGGCCGAGGCGAGGCGGGGUCGCGGCGAUGUGAGCUGAGGCCCAGGCCAGGGUCGCGGGAACGAGCGCCUGGCGGAACUGCUGCUGCCAGAGCCGCCCGGGCCGCCCAUCCUCUCCUGGCGGAGCCCUCAGGCACCGAAAACUACAACUCCCGGCAUGCCGUGAGCCCGACGGCCGCAGAGCUGAGGCGGGGUCGGGCACGUCAGCCGGCAAGCCGGCUCUCCUCGGCGGCCCCGGUCACUGUGGCCGCCGGGGCGCGCGGUGUGGGGACGCGUGCUAUGGAGGAGACGCCGCCCCCACUGCAAGCCGGUGGCAAGCCGCACCUAGAGAAGCUGACCCUGGGCGUCACUCGCAUCCUGGAAUCUUCCCCAGGUGUGACAGAAGUGAGCAUAAUAGAAAAGCUGCCUGCUGAACGUCAUAUGAUUUCUUCAUGGGAACAAAAAAACAAUUGUGUGAUGCCUGAAGAUGUGAGAAACUUCUAUUUGAUGACCAAUGGUUUUCAUAUGACAUGGAGUGUGAAGCUAGAUGAGCACAUCAUUCCAUUGGGAAGCAUGGUGAUUAACGGUAUUUCAAAAUUGACUCAGCUCACCCAGUCUUCUAUGUACUCACUUCCUAAUGCACCAACUCUGGCGGACCUAGAGGAUGAUGACGAAGGCAAUGAAGACCAGCCAGAGAAGCCUCACUUUGACUGUCGCAGUGUGAUAUUUGAGCUGGAUUCGUGCAAUGGUAAUGGGAAGGUUUGCCUCGUCUACAAACAUGGGAAACCUGGAUUAGCUCAUGACACUGAGAUCUGGUUCCUGGACAGAGCAUUAUACUGGCAUUUUCUCACAGAUACCUUUACUGCCUAUUACCGCCUGCUCAUCACCCACUUGGGCCUGCCCCAAUGGCAAUAUGCCUUCACCAGCUAUGGCAUUAGCCCACAGGCCAAGCAAUGGUUCAGUAUGUACAAACCCAUCACCUACAACACCAGUCUACUCACAGAAGAGACCGAUUCCUUUGUGAACAAGCUGGACCCCAGCAAAGUGUUCAAGAGCAAGAACAAGAUCUAUCCCAAAAAGAAAGGGCCCGUGCAGCCUGUCAGUGGCCAGAAAGGACCUGGGCCUGUAGCUCCCCCUACCCCUAAACCUUCCUCUGGCUCUGGAAACCCUAUCCGAAAAUAAGCAUCCCAUCAGCCUCAGAGCAGUGAUAUCAACAUGCAGAUGCCCUGGGGUGGCCCCAUCCUCAGACACUUUGUGAUUGUAGGCUUUCUCCUGAGGAUCAAAGCCUUAGAUCAGGAGUUGGGAAGACCAUACUGAAUUACUCCCAGGAGUCCUUUUCCCCCAUAGGUUGUGCCAACUCUGUCUCCAAAACCAGCUAAGACUUUCAGAUGUGUUUAGAGGUUUUUCGUUUUGUUUUGUUUUUAUGCCUGUACACAGUCCUUAACGUCUUAGCAGCAGUUAGAGGGGUCCUCAUCAAUAAACCCAUGGUACAACUUAUGAAACAUCAGUCACGUGACCACCUCAGAUAUGAAAAUUUUACACCCUCAGUUACAUUAGCCACAUUCCAAGAAUGCACAUGAUAGUGGAUUCCAUAUUGGAUAAUUCCGAGAUAGGGAGCAUUUCUGUCAUAGAAAUGUUUUUGGGCAGCAUUGCAUGCAAACAUUUUCAUACUGUUAAUAUAUAAUGUUGAUGCCUUAGCUUUAUAGGCUGUAUGUUUUGAGAAGAUACUUUCAGAGACAUAGUCUUGUGUUCUUUACAACCUAUACCACAAACACAUCUCACUUGAGUCAUUUCUUUUUUUAAUUCACUAUAAAACCCAGUGUUCCUGAUCAUUUACCUAUAAGGA